GCAGCAGCUGCUGUCAGUCAGUGGGAACAGACUUGCCCUCUCCAUCUGGCGAACUGCGGCGAAAAUUUUUCGAGAAUUUCCAGCAGACGAGGCAGUGGCGGCGGUUCUAACUGCUUGCUCCCGAGAUCAGAAACAUCGGAGAAGGCAAUUUUAUUGCCGACCGAGAACGCCCCUUCACUGCCCUCCGUUAGUUGAUUAAAAAAAUUUGAGCGACAUAAACACUAGUUGCAUCAUCUUUCUUGAAGACAUUCCAUUAUCCCUUCCAUUGAGCUUUCCCUGAUUACUGAGGCCUUUGGAGCUGAGUUAUGUCAACAGCUGCAUUAAUUACAUUGGUUAGAAGUGGUGGGAACCAGGUGAGAAGGAGAGUGCUGCUAAGCUCACGUUUGCUGCAAGAGGACAGGCGGAUGACACCCACAUGUCACAGCUCCACUUCUGAGUCCAGGUGUUCUCGAUUUGACCCAGAUGGCAGUGGGCGUCCAGCCACCUGGGACAGUUUUGGGAUCUGGGAUAACCGCAUUGAUGAGCCAAUUCUACUGCCACCCAGCAUUAAGUAUGGCAAGCCAAUUCCCAAAAUCAGCUUGGAAAAUGUGGGCUGUGCCUCGCAGAUUGGCAAACGGAAAGAGAAUGAAGAUCGCUUUGACUUGGCUCAGUUAACAGAUGAGGUCCUGUACUUUGCCGUGUAUGAUGGACACGGUGGACCUGCAGCUGCAGAUUUCUGUCACACCCACAUGGAGAAGUGUAUUAUGGAUUUGCUUCCUAAGGAGAAGAACUUGGAAACUCUGUUGUCCAUGGCUUUUCUAGAAGUAGAUAAAGCCUUUGGGAGGCACGCCCACCUGUCUGCUGAUGCAACCCUUCUGACCUCUGGGACUACUGCAACGGUAGCCCUAUUGCGAGAUGGUGUUGAACUGGUUGUAGCCAGUGUUGGGGACAGCCGGGCUACUUUGUGUAGAAAAGGAAAACCCAUGAAGCUAACCAUUGACCAUACUCCUGAAAGGAAAGAUGAAAAAGAAAGGAUCAAGAAAUGUGGUGGUUUUCUAGUUUGGAAUAGUUUGGGGCAGCCUCACGUAAAUGGCAGACUUGCAAUGACAAGGAGUAUUGGAGAUUUGGAUCUUAAAACCAGUGGUGUGACAGCAGAACCUGAAACAAAGAGGAUUAAGCUACAUCAUGCUGAUGACAGCUUCCUGGUGCUCACUACAGAUGGAAUUAACUUCAUGGUGAAUAGUCAAGAGAUUUGUGACUUUGUCAAUCAGUGCCACGAUCCCAACGAGGCAGCCCAUGCAGUGACUGAACAGGCAAUACAGUAUGGUGCUGAAGAUAACAGUACUGCAGUAGUAGUACCUUUUGGAGCCUGGGGAAAAUACAAGAACUCUGAAAUCAACUUCUCAUUCAGCCGAAGCUUUGCCACCAGUGGACGAUGGGCCUGAUCACUUGCUGGGAGUGAGAUUUUGUAUGCAAUGUUUUUCACUGAGCAUGCCCAGAAACUGAUAAGAUAAAAAAUGUCACUGUACUUGCAUGACCCUGUGACUCACUCGAUCAGUACACAAGUCAGUGUAGACUUAGUAACCAUUUACAUAGUAGUUUUUCAUAAAUAUCCAUCAUAUUUAUGUUCAAACUAACAUGCUCCGUAAAAAGUUAUGUGUGGUUAAAUUAUUGUGAGUCUCUGAGUGUGAAUGAGGAAUGGGUUAUAUGAGCAAAUGAGAAGUAAUUUUGAUAUACUUGAUGUUAGUUUCUAAUCGGUAAUACUCUUAAGCAGCUGUGGAUUUAUUUUGAUUAUAUUUGGUCUUUAUUCAUUUGAAAAGAUUCAUCCUCAAGUUCUUCAAAACUAGUCAGUAUUUUGACUUCUAUUCAGUGUGUUAUCAGCAAGUGUAUAUUUUUAAUUCCUGUACCAAUGAAUAAGUAUAAAACCUGAGUUCUCUGUUAGCAUAUUUUAUAUUUUAGACCACUAACUAAUAAAUGUAACAAUGCAGAAGAAAUUCAGAUAAUAUGACGUUGCUAAAUUGUAUACAUAUUUAUAAGCAGUGUAUUUGAGUAUUUCAGUUGUGUCACCAGGGCCCCUGUCAUUCAUUCCUAUUUUUCUGUACGUAAGAAAGCUACAUAAAUCCUAAAUCUCAUUCCUAAAUCUCAGUAAAGAAUGUGUAGGUAAAGAGUCCUACGGCCAAAACAAUACAAAGUUAAAAGCUGAAGGCAUAUAAGGAUUUUGUAUAAAGUUCCCAUUUAUCUCUAACUCGAUAGUUUGUGGUUUGUAUUUAGUAUGUGCAUAUCACUUUUGUAGAGAGUAAGCAAGUUGGAUAAUUUGUUAGUAAAAUUAAUGUCCCAUUAUCUGAUAUUGCUAUAGAUAUGACUUGAGGUUUGUGUCUCCUUUUUGCUUAUUUCUAAGACUGAUAAGAAAAGAAUAAGUCUAAAGCAAACAUCAUUAAAACAUUCUAAAUAUAUUUCUGUUUGCUAUGUAACUUAGCAGUGUAAAAUUUACUUCCUUAUUCUGCAUGUAAGGUUGCUGGUAAAAUGUGAAUCUGUAAAUGUCCAUUUGGAAUUUUAUCUGCAGUUUAUUUCUGCAUACUGUGUAAAUUUGUUAUAUGUAUGAGUGUAUGUAUAUAUGUAUAUUGGUGUGAUAUAAAUUAAAGGGAACAAUCCUGCAUAGCUCCUUUGCCAGUUAGGUUUAAAUUAUUGAUAUGUUUAUCUCUAAGGACUCUUGUCAAACUGAAGGCUAUUUUCUUACAGUGUAGAACCAAUGGUUAUUGGCAGAUAGAAAAACAGAUUUAAAAUGGCAGUUGGAGAUAACUUAUUUGGGCAGUUCACCUGGAAAAUCCGGGAUAGAAUCAACAUGUUGAAGUUACAUUGCUAUAUAGUAAUUUGCAUAUAAAAUAAUAGGAUGUGAAAAAAAUAUUGACUGUUGUGACAUGGAGUUUUGUUUUAGAAACAAACAAACAAAGAAACCAAAAAGAAAAGAAUGAUGUAUAAUAUAUAUCUUCAACUCUCAGUAUUCAGGGUUGAUUUUUUUCCUUUCUUUUUAAGAUAUAUGUAAAGACUUAUCAGAAAGAAAGCCCAAUAUAAGUAUUCACAUCUUCUUCUUAGCUUCUCAGGAAUGGAACAAAAAAGAUUUUUUGAGUUUUCUUGCCUUUAUCAGGAAUUGUCCUUUGGAAAAAAAGCACUUUUUUUUUUUUUUUUUUUUUUUUUUUAUGGAAAUUAGGUGAAAGAAGGAAGAACAUUACAGGAAAGAAUAUAAUUUCCUAUUUGUUGUCUGAGAACUGAGGAACUAAAGAUAGACCAAAGAAUCUGAGAAAAGUUGCAUUUCUGAGUUGGGUCUUGUUAACAGAAAUGUGGAAGCUAUAUUUAGGAAUAUGGAGAAUUACCAAAAAUACCAGACAAAUAGAAGCUCUGUAGCACAAAAAUGACAUUCUAAGAAUGUAAGUUUCAUGUUUGUUUUGAAUUCUUCACAAUACUAUUCUUCUCUAUUUUACUUUAAACACUAAGAUUGGGAGUGCUUUGUCAAAUUCAGGGGCCUCAGGGUCACUGAUGGAUUGAAGCAGAUUGCCCGGUUUGACAUAGAGGAAUUUGUAGGACACUGCUGGUGGGAGGGGUGGACUUUGUUCUGCUUCAUCUGGAAACUUUAAAACUCUAAACCAGUCAACUUUGACUAAAGUAUAAAACAUAUUGCAGUUUAUGUUUUUCAAGCCACAAUGUUGAAAUAUAAUUUAAAAUGUAGAUUAUCAUAAUCCAUGAAAAGUAAACAUACUUGUAUCAAGCUUCCAAAUCUAUCACUGAAAAUUAUGCAAAUAGUAGUUUAAAAAAGGACUGUUUUCAAGAUUGCUUUUUUAGUUAAGGCUGUGAAUUUGCCAUGUGGGUAUUACCAUGUGGGUGUAGGUAUGGUGUAAAUUAUAUUAAUGUAAUAAAGCUUAAAUAACCAAUUGUA